AAAAUCCCCCCACAGGCAGAUAGAAGAAGCAAGAUAAGUAAGGAAGAAUGUGGCUCUUAACGUGCGCCUUAUCUGGUUAUCCUACGCAUCCUGUUCGAACUUCCAUUCCAACGGUUACCGUUCGCUCUUCCUCUCGCUUCUCUAUUCCUCUCAAUCCGUUCGUUCCAGAGGUUGUAGAAGCUGUGGACGCAUUGCAUUCAGAGUUCAGAGACGUUGAUAAUUUGGUUGCAUACAAUACCACACGUGUCCUUAAAGCUUUUCACAAUGCUCGACUUGGAUCUCAUCACUUUGGUGGUUCCACUGGUUAUGGUCAUGAUGAAGCUGGUGGCCGUGCAGCUCUUGACCAGGCUUUUGCACAAAUUGUUGGAGCCGAAUCAGCUAUUGUUCGUUCACAGUUCUUCUCAGGUACUCAUGCCAUCACAUGUGCUUUAUUUGCCCUCCUUAGGCCGGGAGAUGAGCUUUUGGCAGUUGCUGGUGCUCCUUAUGACACAUUAGAGGAAGUAAUUGGGAAAAGGGACUCUGGUGGUUUGGGUUCCCUCCAGGAUUUUGGGGUGAAAUACCGAGAAGUUCCGCUUGCUGAGGAUGGUGGACUUGACUGGAAUGCACUGAUGCAUGCUGUCAAACCCGAAACAAAAUGCGCACUCAUACAGAGGUCAUGUGGUUAUUCAUGGCGUAAGAGUUUGAGUGUUAACGACAUAGGGAGAGCGAUAAAAAUGAUCAAAAUGCAAAAUCCUGAGUGCUCAGUCAUGGUGGACAAUUGUUAUGGUGAAUUUGUGGAAAGCAUUGAGCCUCCCAUGGUGGAUGCAGAUUUGAUGGCUGGCAGUUUGAUCAAGAAUCCUGGUGGAACAAUUGCACCUUGUGGUGGAUAUGUUGCUGGGAAAAAGAAAUUGGUUGAAGCAGCUGCAGCGCGUCUUUCUGCACCCGGGCUUGGUGUGGAUUGUGGUUCAACUCCCGGUGAUAUCAUGAGAGCCUUUUUCCAGGGAUUAUUUCUUUCACCUCAAAUGGUUGGGGAGGCAAUCAAGGGUUCCUUCCUGAUUGCUGAAGUUUUGGCAUCUAAAGGAUAUAAAGUGCAGCCACUCCCUCGUGUCCGCCGAUGUGAUACUGUUCAGGCCAUACAGUUGGAAAGCCGUCAGCGUCUCCUCGCUUUCUGCGAGGCUGUUCAGAGAAGCUCACCUGUGGGGUCAUACACCAAACCAGUUGCAGGUAUCACUGCUGGAUAUGCAUCGGAGGUGAUCUUUGCUGAUGGAACCUUCAUUGAUGGGAGUACAAGUGAGCUUUCAUGUGAUGGACCUCUUAGAGAGCCAUUUGCUGUAUUUUGCCAGGGGGGCACCCAUUGGACUCAAUGGGGACUAGUCCUAGGCGAAGUUUUGAAAUCUAUAUGAUAGAAUAUUGGAAUCUAAAUUUCAAUAAGUUCAUACUACAUUUUUUUUUAAUCUUCGGAGGACAAUAUGAUUGGUGCAAAUACAAUUAGGAGUGAACAAGAAUUGUUUACCGACCGAAUGCCAAACUAAUCGUGAUCAAAUCUGGUGCAGCGGGGGAGUUGAUGUGGAUUUUGGAUUUUUGGGUGAGGAAAAUAGAGUUUAAAACGGUUAAUUGUGGUCAGGUUCUCUUAUGGAUAUUUCAAAAUCAAUGGUCAAAUCAACCAAGAUUAUAACAUCAACGAGGCUUGCUUCUUCUUUUUAAAUUGAAGAGAUGAUAUUUCAAAUCAUGUAUGUCAUGUGUAACAUCCAGAAAAAGAUCAUCAUCAAGCUUCUAUGGCUUUCCCAUUAUUAGGUCUUUUAAGGUAGCAUAGCAAUCUCCCCCAAAACCUCUCUGUAAGGUGUGCCUGGGUCUUUUUUGGAUCUUAUGAACUGGAGUUGAAACUUGGGAAUUUUGAGAUGAUUUCUUGUUUUGCAUGUAUAAUUAGAGAAUGUUGAUGGUGGAUAUUUUGUUAGAGUAACAUAUUUAAGUGAGUAUGAAUGGAAGAGGUCAAAAGGAUAAAGGAAGUGUAUCAUGUAUGUUGUGUAUAAGAAAUAAGAAUACAAAUCUUCUUUUAAGUUUAUAUA